AAAAUUAUGGACAGUCUUGAGGCACACUUUAAAAUUAUGGACAGUCCUGAGGCACCCUUUAAAAUUAUGGACAGUCUUGAGGCACCCUUUAAAAUUAUGGACAGUCCCGAGGCACCCUUUAAAAUUAUGGACAGUCCCGAGGCACCCUUUAAAAUUAUGGACAGUGCCAAGGCACCCUUUAAAAUUAUGGACAGUCCCGAGGCAUCAUUUAAAAUUAUGGACAGUCGCGAGGCACCCUUUAUUAUGGACAGUCCCGAGGCACCCUUUAAAAUUAUGGACAGUCUUGAGGCACCCUUUAAAAUUAUGGACAGUCUUCAGGCACCCUUUACAAUUAUGAACAGUCCUGAGGCACCCUUUAAAUUUAUGGAUAGUCCCGAGGCACCCUUUACAAUUAUGGACAGUCCUGAGGCACCCUUUAAAAUUAUGGACGGUCCUGAGGCACGCUUUAAAAUUAUGGACAGUCUUCAGGCACCCUUUACAAUUAUGGAACAGUCCUGAGGCACCCUUUAAAAUUAUGGACAGUCCUGAGGCACCCUUUAAAAUUAUGGACGGUCCUGAGGCACCAUUUAAAAUUAUGGAGAGUCUUGAGGCACCCUUUAAAAUGAUGGACAGUCCCGAGGCACUCUUUAAAAUUAUGGACAGUCCAGAGGCACCCUUUACAAUUAUGGACAGUCCAGAGGCACCCUUUAAAAUUAUCGACAGU